GACCUUUUGAGGUUAGGGUGAGAAGUAAAAGGAUUUUAGCAGAUACUGGAUGAAGUUCCUCAUCCUUAGACAUCACUUAGGUCUCUUAAUUCCAUGUUGGCUCGUUGUUUUUAGGGUUUUUUUCCUGGAACAUUGCAAAAUCUGGUGAUAUGCAUUCUCAUCUGCAUACUAGCUCUGGUGUCACUCCCCCCCUGCUACCUGCAGGGUCUGGUGUCACUCCCUGGCAAGCAUCAGGGGAACAAUGGCUAAUCACCAACCAUUAACAGGUAAUUGAAGAAGAGCUCUUAACAAUAGGUGGCUGCAACAUGCAGGCAACCUUCAAUUCAACAGCAACCAAAGCAACUUGCUUAACUUGUUUAACUUUGCAACCUUAAAAAAAAUGGAUAACUUUUUACUCAUAACAGCGCUCAAUAUUCUGGGGCGCUGCAGCGGGGUGGCCUCAAUGGCCGUGAGGGCCGUGGGGGUGGCCCGGGCUCAGGGCUGGGCGGGGGUCGUGGCUGGCACCCGAAAAACCACGCCGGGUUUCCGCCUCGUGGAGAAAUACGUGCUGGGGGUGGGGGGUGCGGACCCCCACCGGGGAGGUUUGGGGGACCUCAUCCUGCUCAAGGACAAUCACCGAGCGCUGGCGGUGGCAGCGGGGGGGCUCGAGCAGAUGAUUUUGGGGGUGCGCUGGGCCGGGGGCUUCACCCGCUGGUUGGAGGUCGAGUGCUCGAGGGUGGAGGAGGCGCUGGCUGCUGUGGGGGCUGGGGCUGACAUCAUCCUGCUGGACAACCUGGUCCCACAGGAGCUGCAUGCGGCGGCGGUGCAGGUCAAGGCUGCACACCCCAGGGUGAUGGUGGAGGCCAGUGGGGGCAUUGUUUUGGAGACCCUCCCCCAGUUCUUGGUGCCCCACAUCGACGUGGUGUCCAUGGGGUGUCUGACCCACAGUGCCCCCGCCCUGGACUUUGCACUGUGGGGGCUGGAACCCUAA